UUUCGCUUGUGUCAAAGUGAAAGUGUUUGUGAUCCAGGAGAGAUGGCGCGGACAGCACUGGACCAAGAAGCCUUUUCCUGCUCCGUGUGUUUGGAUCUACUGAAGGAUCCUGUGACUAUCCCCUGUGGACACAGCUACUGCAGGAAUUGUGUCCAACAGCACUGGGACCAAGAGGACGACAAGCAGCUCUACAGCUGUCCUGAAUGUCGCCAGAGCUUCAACCCCAGACCUCUCCUUGGUAAAAACAUCCUGUUAGCAAGUUUAGUAGAGCAGAUGAAGAAGACAGCGACCCCUGCUGACCGCUGCUAUGCUGAGCCUCAGGAGGUGUCCUGUGAUGUGUGCACUGGGAGGAAGCUGAGAGCUGUCCAGUCCUGUCUGCAGUGUGUGGCCUCUUACUGUGAGCGCCACCUAAAGCCUCAUUAUGAAGCUGCAGCUUUUAAGAAACAUCAACUGGUGGAGCCGUCUCACACUCUCCAUGAAAACAUCUGCUCUCAACACAACAAAGUGAUGGAUCUAUUCUGUCGCAGAGACCAGCAGCUGCUCUGCUCCCUGUGUAUGGACCAACAUCACGGUCAUGAUACAGUGACAUCUGCCUUAGAAAGAGCUCAGAGACAGGCAGAGCUGCCGGCCAGGAGGGCCCAGCUGCUCCAGAGCCUCCAGCACAAAGAGACAGACUUGAAGAGGCUCCAACAGGAGGCCCAGGACAUCAGACGCUCUGCCCAGACAGCAGUGCAGCACAGCGGGGACAGCUUCACACAGAUGGCCCUUCUCCUGGAGAAAAGACGCUCGGAAGUGGAGCAGCAGAUCCGCUCCCAGGAGAAGACCCAACUGAGCCGAGUCCAAGAGCUCCAGGACCAACGGCAGCAGGACGUGAGUGAGCUGAAGAGGGGCCUCUCUGAGCUGGACACACUGGCCCUCACCCAGGAUCAUAACCAGUUUAUACAAAUCUACACUUCACUGUCCCCACACACACAGAGCACAGAGCCAGACACCAUUCACACAGGGGACAGGAGCUACUUUGAGGAAGUGACCAGAGCUGUGUCCAAGCUCAGAGACACACUCCAGCUCACUUUGAGUCCAGUCCAGGUUUUACUGGCACCAACUGAACCCAGGUCCAGAGACGACUUCUUACAAUAUUCUACAGAAAUCACUCUGGACCCAAAGACGGUUAACCCAUGGCUGUGUUUGUUGGAUGGAAACACAAGAGUAACAUUUAUGAGUGUAUGCAAGAGUUAUCCAGAUCAUCCAGACAGAUUCAGUGUGUGUCAGGUCCUGAGCAGAGAGAGUCUGACAGGGCGCUGUUACUGGGAGGUGGAGUGGGGUGGGGAGGGUGUUCGUAUAGCAGUUUCAUACAGAGAGGUUCAAAGGAAAGACUAUAAGGGAUGUGUAUUUGGAUUCAAUGAUAUAUCCUGGGCUUUAGACUGUGACAAAACCAGUUGUUCCUUUAGGUUUAAUAAAGUCCAGUCCCAGGUCUCAGGUCCAGUCGGGUCCAGAAUCGGAGUUUACCUGGACCACAGUGCAGGGGUUUUGGCAUUUUAUAGCGUCUCUGAAAGUACCACGAGACUCCUCCACAGAGUCCAGACCAGUUUCACUCAGCCUCUAUAUGCUGGAAUAAGGUUUCCUGAUUGUUGUCCUGGAGACACUGCACAUUUCCCUAAACUCAAAUAGAAGCUUUGUUCUCCGCAGUUUGUGAUCAAAUUUGUGACUUUUAUUUGUAACUAAUUAGAUAAAAGUCUUUUCAUCAGAAUAGAUAAAAGA